GUGUGCAUUGGUGUGUGUACUGAUUGAACUUGUUGAAAAAUAAUUUUUAAAUUAACUAUUUAAUAAAUUAUAAAUAAAAAAAAUGACAGAAAAUAUUCAGGGUACAUUUACUUCAGAAAAAAUAUCAAAAAUAAGAUGGCAACGUGAUGAUUUUGAUGAAGCUAAAUCAUUUUUGACUGGCAGUUGGGAUAAUCCGAUCAAUAGUAUUGCUUAUUGGAAAUUUGAAACAUCUGAAGAAGAUGAAACAUAUCCAGUCAGUAUUUUUUCAUGUCCAUUUUUGGGAGACGUGACAGAAAUUCAGUUUAUAAAUAAAGAUCAUUUUGUUGUAUCAUCAUCACAUGGAUCAGUAAAGUUGCUCCAAAUUCAAGAAGAUCCAUAUCAUAAAUUUAAGGAAAUUGUUUCUUGGGAUUCAAUUCAUCAGUUUAAAACAACAGAUCAAGCAUCAUGUACAGCAUUAGCAACAUUUAAUCAAGACAUUGCAACUGUUGGUGAAGAUGGCAGAAUAAAUCUUCUUGCUGGACAACAAAAAAAACCAUUUAGAGUUAUUGAAAAUGCUGAUAGUUGUUCACUACUUUGUGUUGAUUUUUUACGUCACAAUGAAAUAAUAACAAGUAAUACUCGAGGACAUAUGAAACUUUGGGAUUUAAGAAAUGAUGAGGAUACUCCAGCAACGACAUUUAUGCUUCCUGAUCAACUUAAAACUGAAGCAACAGAUAUUGCUCAUCAUCCAACACAAAGACACAUUGUUGCAGCAGGAGGUGGUGAUGGUAGUUUAACUGUCUGGGAUCUUCGUCAGAGCACUUAUCCAAUUUCACAAUUAAUGGCUCACGAUCAGGCUAUUAGUGAAGUUAUAUUUCAUCCAGACAGACCAGACAAUAUAUUUACUUGUUCAAUUAAUGGAGAAUUAUGGCACUGGAAAAAUGCACAAGGCUCUAAAUUAAAACUUGAAACUAGUGACACUCAUUGGCUAACAACUCGAGGUAAUAGUAGCAAAAUUAAUAUUUCAUCUCUAUGUGCACCAUUACACAAGCCAAUUAAUAGUAUUGAUAUUGAUAGAUCUACUCUUUUAUUUGGCUGUGACAAUGAAGCACUAUAUGUCGUCAAAGAUAUUUUGGUCUAAUUUUUUUAUAAUCUAAUUUUUCAAUAAAUA